AAAAAGAAAAAAAAAAAUUUCAAUGGUUUGUUUUCGUGUUAACAAUGUCAAAAGACAGUGACGAUUCUGCCAGUGAUUACUCUGACUUAAACUCUUUUCAUUCAGAUGAAGAGGAAGAAGAAGAUAUUGAUGACUAUAAAAAGGGAGGUUAUCAUCCCGUUUUGAUUGGCGAUCGCUUUGAUAAUGGUCGUUAUAUUGUUGUCCGAAAACUAGGUUGGGGUCAUUUCUCUACUGUUUGGCUUGCACUUGAUACGCUUCCUCAACCAUUUGAUAGAACCAAUGUUCAUGUCGCGCUGAAAAUUGUGAAAUCUGCUAAUAGGUAUACAGACUCUGCUUUAGAAGAAAUCAAGUUACUUGAAUGUGUCAAAAAGACAAAUCCAGAAUCCAGGGGUUAUCAACAUGUAGCACAAUUACUCAAUCAUUUCUGGCACCAUGGUCCUCAUGGUAAACAUGCUUGUAUGACAUUUGAAGUCUUGGGCGAAAGUUUACUUUCUUUAAUGAAGCGAUACAAUUACAAGGGCAUCCCUCAGCCUAUUGUAAAGCGUAUAGCAAAACAAGUACUUGAAGGAUUAGACUAUCUUCACCGGGAAUGUGGUAUUGUGCAUACAGAUCUAAAGCCUGAAAAUGUGUUGGUAUGGAUUCCCCAUAUUGAAGACUAUCUGAAACAAGAUACAGCUCAAGUGCUGCAGGAAAUAAGGCGGCAUGAAGCACCAACACUACCACCAGCACCAUCCCAGUCUUGGCUAGCUGAUGUAGACACACAGGGAUUAUCUAAAUCACAAAAAAAGAGACUAAAGAAAAAGAGAAAGCAAAAAGUAUUAGCUGAGGCAAGACAAGAGCCAGAUGCAGUGGAUAGCAAUGGUUUGAGUGAUAAACUCGGUCAACUUGCCAUUCAACAAAGCACAAGAGAACCCAAAGUCAUGCCCUCUUCUAUACUAGAUAUUACAUUGAUCAUGAAUGGUAUUGAGGCAUUUGAUGAUAUUGUAGUCAAAAUUGCAGAUUUAGGAAAUGCUUGUUGGAUGGAUGGAGAAUAUACACAUGUCAUUCAGACUCGACAAUACCGUAGUCCAGAAGUCAUUGUGGGUGCCAAAUGGACUAAUAAAGCAGACAUGUGGAGUGCUGCUUGUAUGAUAUUUGAACUGUUGACAGGCGAAUUCUUAUUUGAUCCUAGAGCAGGAUCAAAAUACAACAAAGAUGAUGAUCAUCUUGCUCAAAUACUAGAAUUAAUGCGCACAGUCCCCAAAAUACUAAUAUCGGGCGGUGAAUUCUCUCGGGAGUUCUUUGAUAGGUCGGGUAAAUUAAAGCAUAUCAAGAAAUUACGUUACAGAAGAUUAAGAGACGUGCUUCAUGAUACGUUUUUAAUGCCACCCAAAGAUGCAGAUGAAGUCAGUGGAUUUUUAUCGCCUAUGCUUGAGAUGGACAUGGCUAAAAGAGCCUCGGCUAGCAUUAUGUUGGAACAUCCUUGGCUACAAGAAGUGUAAUAGAAUAAAAAUGAUGUGCGCCAUUGUGGCUAGUAAAUAAGCGGCAAAUAGGAUUGUUAUAUACGAAAUGACCUCAUGUUGGCUUAAAAUAGCCUAUAGGAUGACUUUGAAUAUCAUGUAAAUCGGACAAAUGCGCC